UUCCCAGCCCGCGCUAUGCUGCGCGCUCUGACGCUCCUGCGCCCUUGGAGGCCCCUUGGGGUCCGCGGCUGCACCUCCGAUGGGACUUCAGGGGGCCAUGAAAUCCAAGUGCGCGCCCUGGCGGGUCCCGACCAAGGAAUCACUGAGAUUCUGAUGAACAGACCCCAUGCCCGCAAUGCCCUGGGAAACAUCUUCGUCAGCGAGAUGCUGGAUGCUCUGGCCAGGCUACGGGAGGACCAGAAAGUGCGUGUCCUGCUCUUCAGAAGUGGAGUGAAGGGUGUGUUCUGUGCAGGUGCGGACCUGAAGGAGCGGGAGCAGAUGAGUGCAGCAGAGGUGGGGGUCUUUGUCCAGCGACUCCGAGGCUUGAUGAAUGACAUUGCAGCCUUCCCAGCACCCACCAUUGCAGCUAUGGAUGGGUUUGCCUUGGGCGGGGGCCUGGAGCUUGCCCUGGCCUGUGACCUCCGAGUGGCAGCUUCCUCGGCAAUCAUGGGACUGAUUGAGACCACUCGAGGGCUCCUCCCAGGGGCAGGAGGGACUCAGAGGCUGCCCCGCUGCCUGGGGGUGGCCCUGGCGAAGGAGCUCAUCUUCACAGGCCGACGUCUGAGUGGCGUACAGGCCCACGCACUGGGACUAGUGAAUCACACCGUGGACCAGAACAAGGAAGGUGAUGCUGCCUACCAUCGGGCACUAGCACUGGCUCAGGAGAUUCUACCCCAGGCCCCCAUUGCUGUGCGGCUAGGCAAGGUAGCCAUUGACAGAGGAAUGGAGGUGGACAUCGCAUCAGGGAUGGCCAUUGAAGGGAUGUGUUAUGCCCAGAAUAUCCCAACCCAGGACCGGCUGGAGGGCAUGGCAGCCUUCAGGGAGAAAAGGCCCCCAAAGUUUGUUGGCAAAUGACAUUUAACCUUAAGUAUAGGACAUGCAUGCCUUGAGCAAGAUCCAGAUGGAAAGUUUGCAGCAGGAUGACCCUCAUCACUUCACCUCUUUGGCCUUCAGUUUCUUCACAAGGAUGAUGAUGGACAUAAAAUGGCUAGGGUUGUGCCUGAUACCAAGGUGCUAAUCACAUGUCUACUGCCACCUUCCUUAUUACUCACAUUGGCUACAUAAUCAUUAGUAUCGGAUUUACUUUGGAGAAUCCCUGGCUUUCAGUGAUCAGGUACUUACUAGAGUCAGCAAGGGAUUUUAAGAAGGCCCUCGUGUUUUUCCUCUGGAAAAGAAAGAAUAAAUAAAUCCUAGUAUUGAUUGAA